AUGAGCUCUCAUCGUGUGAAGUGGAAUGAGGACAAUCUGUAUGAGAUUGAAUCAAACAAGCCAGUGCGGCAGAAGAUAGCCGAGCCCAAGACACCGUAUCACCCUAUGAUGGAUGAUGAUGGGUCACUAUCACCAACACGCCCUUUCGACAAGUGUCUAGAUGCGACUGUUAGUGCAGAAGAUAUAUUAACUGCUUUAAAUGGUGUGGCCUCUUCAAGUAAAAAUGAUUCAAAGGAUGAUGAGUGGGCAUCCUCAGAUGAUGACGCAGAUGCCAUAGAACAUGAUGGUGGUUGGUAGCUUCUUUCUCAGUAACCAUUUUAUGUUUCUAGAGUUACUAUAGUAAAUAAUAAUUUCGGAUGAUGAAUUUAUUUGACUAGCUGAGUUAUGCAACUCCAUUUUAUGGUAUCAACUUUCUGUAAUGAGGUCCAUAGUUGAUCCAACUAAUGACUCUUUCUGUAAUGAGAUCAUAUAGCUUUUCUGUUUUCCUAGCUAAGUUAAACCUUUUGUGACUCUUUCUAAGUCUGCAUCUUAUAUCAUGAUUUAUAUUUGUAUUUGAUGUCAUGCGCAAGUGUAUACUUCAUUGUCAACGUAAUGGGCAAUAAUAAGCUCACCAUCCGAGUCCAGGACGUUAUUUGAACAUGCAGUGAUAAAUGUUGGGUGUUGAUGCAGACUCAGAAGCUGACAAAUCAUCAGUGAGUUUCAAGGAGCACCACCGCAAUCACUACCAUGAAUUCCGCAAGGUCAAGGAACUGACGCGCACUGGAUCCCUGGUUGAAGAUGGGGGCCGUGCGAAUGAGCGAACUGCAAACAACGUCGAAGACAAAACCGCACGAGAGAAGGCAACAGGCGACAAGAGUGAAUCGUCAACAUCACCUCAAGUAUGAGCCGCAAAGUGAAUUCUGUGGUCGCUAAGCCUAGGGAAGUUCAAUUAAGCAGGAGCAUGCAGU